AUGGUAAUUCCGAAUUCCAUUCGCUCAGAAAAGGAAAUAUUGAGUUACCAUAAUAACUAUGAUGUUGGAAAAAGACCAAUUCCGGCAUCAGUUUUUUUGUUUGCUAAUAAUUACUCUUGGUUUGAACAUGGUUCUGUUCGUACACUUACAUUUAUUCAGGAGGCAAUUGAAGGAUUGGUGUUUAAAUGGGAAACUGAACAAAUAUACACAUAUGGACGAAUGGCUGGGUGUUUUCCACCUUAUGGAUUUAAGUCCACUGCUUACGAAAAUGAGCAUGAAUUACUCAGCAAUUUGCUUUUUAACAGAUCAAUGACUUUUCAUCCAGACAUUGCCAGCUAUGUCCAGCUUCGUCACGUUAAUGUUGAGUCUAUUGGAAAAGUGGUUCUAAAGAAUCAAUUUGUUUAUCAAGGUAUAAAUCUGAAAACACGUCAGCAAGUUGUAUGGGAUGAUCUUGUUCUUUUUAUGUUUGACUCUCAAUUUAACCCACGAAUUAAAAAAAAAACAAAUAAAGGCAAACCUCCAAUCAAACUAAGCUUGAGAACAACAAUGGGAGAACUAUGUCAAAGCUUGGUAAGCAAGGACUGUUUACACACGCUGGAAAUCUUUUACGAUCCACCACGAAAUACCAACGAAUGGGAUAUCAAUCACAACUUUACUGGAGCUUUUGAAGCCAUUUCAAAUGCGCGACAUAUUGCUAACAAAAUGGGAAUUGACUUUAGAGAUAGUCCAAGUGUGGAGAGCGAAGUUAACGCAUGGAUGGGACCAAAUUUUGUUACUGGAAGUCAAUGCGUUCAAAAUUUUAAUAUUGGUGAAUUCAAAAACUUGGAAAAAUUUUCCUUAUUUCCUUCCUCAAAAUUUUCCAGCUGGGAAUAUGGUGUUGUGUUUAACAGUGUUCGAGAAUUGAAAAAACUAAAGGAAGUUUCUUUUGUUAUUUACGACUUACGGUCUCUUCAUGUUCUUAGUACAAUGCUUCCUCCACAUCAAUAUACAAAGUGUUGCGUUACUAUUCCCGAGCUUAGAUCAAAUACUGAAAAUGAGAGAGAAGGACAGCAAGUUGCUGAUGGGCUUCGACAUCUUAGAGAUUUUUUUCGGAUUCCAGUUGAUGGCCUUGUUCGUGAAAUGCUUCACGUUGAAGGGGAUGAAAGAGCACCAAGACCUAGAGGCCGAAACCCUGCUGUUUUUCGUGAAAGAAGCAUAUCCCAGGACAGAGAGGCUUUGAGAGUUGAACAAGUAACUCACUUGAGAGUUGGUAUGCUUUCUUUUCAGCAGCUUAUUUCACUUUUUUCUCCAAUCUGCUUUCCCAACUUGAAGGAUCUUCGUAUGAAGCAAAUUGCAAACGAGUAUGAUCCAGUUAUGGUUCGUGACUUGCUUAUCCCCCCAGAUGACAAAGACCCUUGUAAAGUACGACCCGAGAUCUUGUGCCUUGAAUUUCGGUUCAUUUCAAGUCGUGCACUCGAGGGCAUGCACUAUGCACUUCCACACUUUAAUUAUGUUCGGUAUCUAUCGUUGUCGUUUAAAAUCAAAUGCAACUUGCCGUACUCUGCACAUAUUGAAUAUCAUAAAGAUGUUGUGGAAGUCCAAGUGCGCAACUUUUUAGCACGUGCACGUGAGCUUUCAAUCAAUGGAAAAACACAUGAAGAGGUUAUUUCAACGCUUGAAAAGGAGUUGUAUGAAGCUUCAUUGAAGAGAUAUCGCAAAGUCGGGUCAUCAAGCAAAAACCCAGAGGAUGAGCUUGACCCAGAAAUUGAGUUGGAUUAUAGUCAUUUUCCAAAUCAAAGUAGUGGAAAAGAGGCUGAAAAGAAGUACCGCCUAUCUGAUGCUGGCUUGCUAUUUUUGCUCAAAUGUCCAAGCGAAAAAAUUGAGUAUUUGUUUGAUACUUAUUUGCAGAGAUUAAUUGGUACUCAAAGAGGUAUUCCUUACUUUAUAUUGGGUAAUUUUUGUUACUGGGAAGUUUUAUUUAAUUCAAUUUCAGAAAUGAAGUGCUUGGAAUUUUUGGACCUUCCUGGCAAUGAGUGUGACAGGGUAUUGACUAGUUACCGCUUUUAUACUAUGGUUAAGGAACCAACGUGCAAAAUCAAACAAGUUACUUUUAAUAGUGCUUCGCCCCCUAUUUCAUUUAACCCCGUUUCUGAAGUUCGUCGAAAAAACGAUCCCUACAGCGGUGUUUCUACAGGGGAAAAACAUGUACUAGAGAUGAAGCAAAUUCAUUGCUUCAAUUCAGUUAUAAGUAGUGCAUAUUGUCGAUAUGGCCCUGUUGACUUUAAAAAUUUCAUAAAGGCAGUGGUGCGCCCACAAACUAGUGAGGUUCAGCCUAGAUGUCCAAUUUUGACUUCUUUUAAGACAUAUAUGAUUGAUAUCGAGGGAUGGCGUCAAAAGUAUUCGAGGAACUUGGUGGGGAAACACGGAAUGGACUACAAUUAUCGAUCUUAUGAUAAUUGUCGUGUCACUCAAAAUGGAUUUUCCCAUUCUACCUCGACAUCUCAAUCUCGUUUGUGCACUGUCAACGACUUUAACGAGCACACCUAUGAAGAGCUUGAAGAUGGGAUUGAAAACUUUCGGGGAUGGAUUUGGUAG